GAACCUCUAAGGUGCAAAGAUGACGAAAUUAUUGGAAGACGUUCGGCAAACGGAGGCAGGUGAUCCGGAUGCAGCCUGGACAAAGCUACUCGAUGAUACCAGCUCCACACACAAACCGCCCAUCAUUAUUGGACCUGCUUCGGCUCAUCCAGAAAUUGUACCCGACGCCGUAAAAGAGCUACUGGUGACGGUCGAUCCGGAAACGGGGAAAACCCAGCAAACGAUCGAGGGUGCGAUCGCUACCGGCGACCGAGCUGCUGCAGGCGGACGGCGUCGAGAAUCGAUCCUCGGAACAUUCCACCGACAGUUGCGGAUGUCGUUAAAGGCGGUCAGUGAAACACCGGGGCCACUCACAAGAUACCGGCAGACGCGAUACAGCUCGAGGAGGAUUCGAAAGCGAGUGAUCUUCAAGCAGGGCGACUGCAACGUUAUCCAAGGCAAUGUAGCAAAAAGGCGUCGCCGUUAUUUACAGGAUAUCUUUACCACUCUGGUGGACAUUCAGUGGAGAUGGACACUGUUCGUUUUCGCCUGCUCCUUCAUACUGAGUUGGUUAGGAUUUGGCGCCAUUUGGUACCUGAUCGCAUUAAGCCAUGGAGACAUUCAAGCGGCCGGUGAUGAAAGCCACAAGCCUUGUGUGACGUAUAUUUAUGGCUUCACAUCGGCAUUCUUAUUUUCCCUUGAAACCCAGCACACGAUAGGUUACGGUAAUCGUUACAUUACCGAGGAAUGUCCGGAAGGUAUAUUUAUUCUAGCCCUGCAGAGCAUUACCGGUGUUUUCAUACAAGCAUUUAUGGUCGGCAUUGUGUUUGCGAAGCUGUCCCGCCCGAAGAAGCGUGCCCAAACGUUAUUAUUUUCCAAGAAUGCUGUCAUCUGCCAUCGAGACGGUGUACCGUGCCUGCUGUUCCGGGUGGGUGAUAUGCGCAAGAGCCACAUCAUUGAGGCGCAUGUGACGGCACAGAUAAUUCGUCGGAAGGUCACCAAAGAAGGAGAAGUUCUUCCAUUUUACCAACAAAACAUGGAGGUCAGUUGUGAUGGGGGAGAUGAUCGGUUAAUGUUCAUCUGGCCGACGAUUGUGGUGCACAAGAUCGAUCGCGAUAGUCCGUUGUAUGGGCUGUCCGCACAAGAUAUGCUGAAGGAACGGUUCGAGAUCGUUGUCAUGUUGGAGGGAGUCGUGGAGUCAACCGGUAUGACCACACAAGCACGCAGCAGCUAUUUGCCAUCCGAGAUCCUUUGGGGACAUCGUUUCGAGUCGGUAGUUACAUUCAAGCGGGAAACUGGAGAGUACGAGGUCGAUUACACCACAUUUAACAACACGUACGAGGUGGACACUCCGUUGUGUAGUGCACGCCAACUGCACGAUGUGAAAAAAGAGCUCAACAAACAAAAUGGUGUAACAGAGGUGUCUUCCGAUACCGAUGAAUCCGACACAUCAUCGGUGGACAACGUAUCGUCCCGCAAAAAUUCCCUCAACAAUGGCUACCUACGCUUCACGCCCGUCUACGCCAACGCGAACGAACAAUCGGGAAUGAAUGUCACCAAUGGAGUGGUAGGUGAUCCGAUGACACUACCACCAGCCAUUAUUGUGCCCGGUGUACCACCAUCCGCGUCACCCGGAAGUGAGCGCAAGAAGAACUUUCGGAAGUUGUCCAUCAAGGAGCCGUCGAUGGAUUCCAUCUGUUAGCAGC